CUAUCCCGAGUGACACAACGACGUCAACGCCCUGUGAACAAACCUCACUUGGAUACUUAGAACACAUAUUGAUUUUCUACCAUUAAUCAUUUUCGAUCAUUAAUUUAAUAAACGUGUUAAUAAUAUACAUCUUGAAUAUAAACGAUUAUGAGGAAGAUAAUGAUUUGUAGUCUUGCUCGAAGGGGUUCCUUCUUUGCAAGCAUCUUCACUUUUUCAACAUCUCUGGUUGAGAAUUCACUUCCAUGGUCUAUGCUGAAGUUACCAUUAGCAACAGGGCAGCGCCCGGCUGAGCACUUGCUGCCGUUGUUGGGGAACUCGGCUGCAUAAAAACAGGGGAAGGUCUCACUUCCAGGGACCACAGAGGAUACUGGCACAUUGGUGACUUUACAAUCACGAUGUAUGUUUGCACCGCCAUGAUUUUGACGUAAGGCUGCAGCAAGCUGUGCCGUCAUGCUGCCAGGAGUCGGUGUGUUUGGGACAGGAAGCACAGCUCGGGUGCUCGUCCCGAUGCUGAAAGCGGAAGGCUUUGAUGUCCAUGCGCUCUGGGGGAGGAGCGAAGAGGAAGCGUGCACCCUGGCAAAAGAGCUCAGUAUCCCGUUUCACACAAGUCGAUCUGAUGACGUCCUGCUACACCAAGACGUUGACCUUGUUUGCAUCUAUAUUCCACCCUCAAUGACACGGCAGAUUGCUGUCAAAGCACUGGGCAUAGGUAAGAACGUUGUCAGUGAGAAAGCUGCGACUGCUGUGGAUUCUUUCCAGAUGGUAAAUGCAGCCAGGUAUUACCCCCAGCUGCUCAGCAUCAUGGGUAACACACUGCGUUUCCUUCCCACUUUUGCGGCGAUGCGGCAGCUGCUGAUGGAGGGAUACGUAGGUGAAGUGCAAGUAUGUGACGUGCGCGUGUACGGGCCCAGCCUUCUGGACCAGUCAUACGGCUGGACUUGUGAGGACUUGAUGGGAGGCGGGGGCCUGCACACGGUGGGCUCGGCCAUCAUCGACCUUUUAAGUUACCUGACUGGGACACGGGCCCAGCGUGUUCACGGCUUGCUGCGCACCUUCGUACAGCAAAAUGACACCAUCAGAGGCAUCCGACGAGUCACCAGUGACGACUUUUGUUUCUUCCAAAUGUUGAUGGGGCCGUGCUCGGGCGGCGUGUGCUGCACGGUGACCCUGAACUUCAACAUGCCGGGUUCCUUUUUGCAUGAGGUGAUGGUCGUUGGAUCCACGGGGAGAUUGGUGGCCAGAGGGACAGAACUGUACGGUCAGCGCAACGGCAGUAAACGUGAGGAGCUAUUGCUUGGCGACGGCAGCUGGGCUGGACCUGAUGUGAAAGACAUACCUUUGCCGCACCUGCUGGGGCUGGGCGCCAUGGUCAAGGCCCUGAGACAGUCCUUCCAGGCACACCAGGAGCGCAGGUUGUGGGCGCGUGGCCCGGUUGCCAUGGCACCCACCUUUGAAGACGGCCUGUACGUACAGACAGUAGUGGAGGCCGUGAAGCGGUCCAGCUUUAGUGGAGAGUGGGAGUGUGUUGAGAUCAUGAAUAAAGAGCCCGAUCCCAAUCACAACAUGUGUGAGGCUCUGCAGAGAAAUAAGAACUAAUAUUUGGAUAUUAGGCUUUCGGCUGAUAUUUCAGGAUGGCCCUAAAAUGCCCUUUCACAUUUACAGGUGAACUUAAUUUGACCUUCUCUCAACUUUUGAACGUGCUUGUCCAAUUGUUCAAUAUUUCAGUCCUGUUUGCGCAACGCACUGUUCUCUAAGGCCCACCGGGGCUUCACAGCGACGAGAAACUGACUGAACGUCACGUGUCAAAAAACAGGCGAGCUGUGACGUUCACAAUGCAAGCCUAAGGGUCCUUUGAUUUCAAUGUAGGUCGACAGCAGAAAAGACAAAAUGUCUGCCCUGAUAUUGAUGACUGGAUGAAUUACUCCGCUUAAUUCUUAUUUCACAAACGUAGUACUAAUCAGAAUAUCGUGUUUGGCCUAGAGGAGGCACAAAACUUUCCUUGAGUUCCCCAUCAACAACAUAUUCAUAAUUUCAUUAUAUAGUUAUGACUCGAAAGCAAAGCGCAGAGAGUCUCUGUCACCAAAUGUAUGAGUUGAGACUCACCAACUAAUUUUUGGCCAAUCGUCUACCUCAGUCGCCUCUGGCAGUGUCACUCGGUGUGUGGCAGGCCAAGCAAGGCGCUGAAUGGCAACAUUCACAACAUUUGUUCUAUUGAGCUGUUUGUUAGAAAACAGUAUAAAGUACAUAAACAUUGGCGAGAUGGACAUGUCGAUUAAAGCUUAGAGAAGUUCAAAUGAAGUUCACCUAUAAAGGUUAAAGUGCAUUUUUUGAUGAAUCCUAAAAUUGGCAAUGAAAGCCCAAUAUUGCGAACUUGCGAGUAUUUUAAGAGUGCUACUACUAAACAUGUCUGAUGCAACAAGGGCCUGAAUGUUUUCACUUCAGCCGCAGUUUACACCACAUGACUACUUGGAGCUUUUUGUUUUUGUUUUUGCCACCUGUUGAAUAGAAUGUUGUGCUUGCAUGAGGGUGCUCCUCUUCACUAUUUUGUUCCUCUAUUGAAAACUUUUUUAAGACCUAUUGCCUCUAAAUACUUGGGCUUAAAACUUUUUUUGUUUUUAGAUUGUGCUGUUUGAAAACCGUUAUUAUGCAUCCAAGUCCAAUGGCACCUUAUUUGAAAGCAAUGCUGUGAUUUGACUAAAAAAUUGCAUUUGUAAACACUGGUAGAAUUCUACUGAUGCUCCAAUGACAGUGCUCAGCUUUUUUGAAUUUACAAGCGGAAUAAUGCCGUUGUGCAGAAAGUUUCGGAUUGUGUUUUCAUUUUAUAGGACAGUUGUAGGUUUUGGGCAGUAUGGUGGUGCAAGUGGCUAGCGCGUCUGCCUCACAGUCAUGAGGUUCUCGACUCAGGCCCUCCCGUGUGUGUAAUUAACUCUGGCUUUACCCCACUUUCCCAAAACAUGCAUGUUAGGUUAAUUGAAGACUGUAAAUCGUCAUAAGUAUGAGUGUGAAUAGUUGACUAUAUGUGCCCUGCGAUUCACUGGCUCGAGCUCACCAGUGACCUCGAACAGGAUAGAAAAUGAAUUUUGAUGCCGUGCCAUUGGUAGACGAGGGUGUAAGUUAUAUAUGGAAUACUACGGGCUGUGUUUAAUAAGCUAUGUCAGAAAAGUGAUCUCAAGGUAAAUACAGUAUGUGUUCCCAGUCAAAGUGGCUGCAAUCCACCAAACAAAAGAGGCUGUCAGCAAUUUGCGGUCUCCUUCAAAAAGCAGUGGAUGGUUCGGGGAAAAUCACAUUUUCCGUGCAGUUACCUCAUGCUGGAAAACAUCCUAAUUCCAUCAAAUUGUGGCUAAAAAUAACAAGCAAAUAUGUGGUUGUAUGAAACAGCACAUUUGACAAGUUUGGUUUUUUUUCCUAUCUGUUACACAUUGAUGUUUACUCAAAAGAAGGGCCCAAGCCGCUUUGAAUGUGUGAAACAUACAAAGCGUGCACAGUUCAUAUAUUUUCUCCCUUCCAUCUUAAUCUUGCACCAGAUGAAACAAAGUUUAUCAAAUCUGCCGUAGAGCAACAUUUUAAUCUUGUUUUAGUUGACCUAUUUGAAAACCAAAUGGGGUGAAACUCAGUUGUUUACAUUUGUUGUCCUUUUUAUAAGACUUUUAAUUGGUUGCAAAAACAUAUUACGUGAUGCCUCAAAUACUGCCUUUAUUGUAAUAUUUGAACCCUUAGAUGCGGUCUGACUAGGAUGAUGUCAUAGUUGUCGUACAGUAGUCACUGGUAACAUUCAGGAUCAUUUAUGUUAUUAGUAUUCCCCAUUUUUUACCCACUUGGGCUCUGCAAAGACACAAAUUUUGUCUGAACUGUACCAACAGUGCAUUACUGUACUAUAAAAUUCAGUUUACAUGAAAUAUGUCAUAUUUCCCGGCAGAGUGAUGCUCAAAGUCCUUUCAGUAAAUUGAAAAAAAAACAUUACAAACAUCUGACUUAGUUCAAUCAUCAUCUUUUUUGCACGGAUACUGUAAAAUUAUUUAUCACAUGGUGUGCUUCCUCGACUAGCCUACACACUGCAAAAUCAGUUUAACGUUUGUCAAUAUAAGGAAGACUGUUUAUUUAUGUUUUGGUGUGGAAAAUAAUUUCUUGUGUUUGGUCUGUUCCCCUUUGUCAGUCAAUCUGUGAAUUUCUGUUGAAGCCGAAAUAUUUAUUUUUUUGUUUGUUGAAUUCAGGCCAAGCCUCGUUGAGCACAGUGUGUUGUGUUUAAAUCGGGGAACUGUUCAUCUGACAGACAUUACCUUUAAUAAAUACAGUUGUAUUCA